AUGGCGAGCUCUUCCCUCCUCCGGCCAGCAGCGGCCACGGCGCGAACUCUGCUCCGCGAGUCGACGAGACGCUGUCACAUAGUGCAGAUAUUGCGACAUCAUUCUUCAUCUUCUUCAUCCGUGUCUGCGGAUGAGCUCGCACACUUCUCAGGGCUCGCCAACAGUUGGUGGGAUCCCAUGGGCCCGUCACGCGUGCUACAUCUCAUGAACCCUACGCGACACGACUUCAUCGCCUCGUGCCUGGCCGAAUCGACUCCUGCAGCGGCGAACAGUCAAGGCUUGCGAUAUCUCGAUGUGGGCUGUGGAGGUGGGAUCUUUGCCGAGUCCCUCGCGCGAACCCUUCCAUCGUCGCAGUCGACUGAAUUACACCCACGAACAAAAGCUGCCUCGAUUACGGCAGUUGAUCCGUCGGCAAGCCUGAUCAAGAUUGCCCGUGACCAUGCGCGCAUGGACCCGACUGUUUUUGAGCUUUUGCAACGAGGCACGUUUCGAUACGAAAACACUACGGUAGAGUCGCUCUCAGAGACGAGCACGGGCGAUUCACAGCAACAAGUUUCUACACAGGACAAGUUUGACGUGGUCACGCUGUUCGAAGUGAUUGAACACGUCGAUCCUCAGACCUCGUCGGCCUUUUUGGCCCAUUGCCUGCGACUUGUCCGGCCCGGCGGGUGGCUCAUUGGCUCGACUAUCGCGCGCACCAUCCCCUCGUUUAUCGUCAAUAAGAUGGUAGCCGAAGCGCCGUGGCCGAUUGGGGUUGUCCCGUGGGGCACGCACGAGUGGAGCAAGUUCGUCAACGCAGACGAGCUGCGCGGGCGGGUUGAAGAGGGCCUGAUGCGUGCUUUAGACGGGCGGGCGCAUCGGGCGGGUGGCGAGGCGCUGGAGGGGAUGCGGUGGAAGGUUGCCGGGGUAGUGUACGUGCCUGGAUGGGGAUGGAAGAUGGUUGCUGGGGGAGAAGACUGGGGGAACUACUUCUGGGCGGUGCAGAGGGGAAUAUGA